UUUAAUUAAUAACAAUUAAGCUUAAACUUGUUUGUGUUAAGCUUAAUAAUGAUUAGGAGCAUGUCUUGAGCAACAAAAAUGAAUAAUGAAAGUCUUGAAAUGAUGUAUAAGCUGUUUAGAAUAAAAUUGGAUAAUCAAUAUUUUACAGGGAUAGAUUCUUGAUCAUUAUGAUAAGUCGAAGAUAAAGAAGAAAGCUUCGAGAAGAAUUUCAUGAAUUUGGAUAAAAAAUAAACGCAUUUUUACUGCAGUGAUAUGAUUUUUUCAACAGAAAAUUCAAAAGAAAGCACUACGGAUGAAAUAUAUGUACUUUGGGAAAAAAUGAUUGAACCCAAUGUAAGUUGGGUAGAAGUACCCAAUAACACCCUAAAAGUUGGUAAAGUGAUUUGCAAUAAUAUUACAUCUUACAAUAGUACACUUAUGUGCAACGUUACUCUGCAAAAUGAAGGACGUAUUGAAGGUCAAUGGACAAUGCCAUUUAAUCUAUGGCAGACGGUGGUUAUUGGUAUUCUUAUUGGAAUUUGUGUUAUAUUAACAGUUGCUGGGAAUAUUCUAGUGCUGGCUGCUUUUAUUGUGGAACGUGCUAUACGUCAGCCGAGUAAUUACUUUAUUGGCUCUCUAGCGCUUUCGGAUCUUCUUAUUGGACUUAUUUCUAUGCCAUUUUAUGCUGUGUAUGUUUUAGCUGGUAGAUGGGAAUUAGGACCAAUCAUAUGUGAUCUGUGGCUAGCAACAGAUCAUACUGUUUGUCUUGUGUCUAUUUAUACCGUACUUUUAAUUACCAUAGAUCGUUAUUGUUCUGUUAAAAUAGCAACAAAGUAUAGAAGCUGGAGAACGAAAACUAAAGUCAUGUUUUUAUUAGUGAUUACGUGGAUAAUACCAUCGUUAGUAUUUUUUAUCAGUGUUAUGGGAUGGGAACAUUUUAUCGGAUACAGAGAUUUGGCACCCGGAGAAUGUGCUGUGCAAUUUUUGAAGGAUCCAGUGUUUAAUACGUCACUUAUAUUUGGUUAUUUUUACGCUACGUUAGUAGUUUUGAUUGUUUUAUACGGUGGGAUUUAUAAAACAGCCAGCGAUAUGCAUAAGAGAGCGGAAGCUAAACAAAGAAAAAUGCAAUCUUUAGUUGCUCUUAGUAAAAAUACUGUCGAUCAAAAAAAAGAAAGUUCAAAAAAUACUCAAAGUGUAUUGUUGAAGUUAGAAAAGCCUAAAUCUUCUGCAUCGUGCAAGGAAGCAUCCUCAGUUUCUCUCGUAGAUGGUGGUGAGGCACUCACUCUUUCUAUACAACCUGACAGACAAGAAAAUUCGGGAUUAGAUUCAACCGAUAAACUACUUACUAAUAAAGCUAUUACAGAAACAACAAGCUUUUCUUCAAAGAAAAAUAGUGAAGACAAUGAUAAUUCGAGUAGUCCAGUUUUUGAUUCCGACGACGAUACAAUACAUGAGAAAGAAUCUGUGAAAAAAGAGCGCAAAACAAAAACUAAAACAAAAAAACCCAAAUUUUCCAAGUCACCUUCUGCCACAUCGCCCGUUACGGGAGAACCAAUACCAAAACUUAAUCCUCCACCGAGAGCACCUUCUAGAUCACCAGUGGACCCAUUCAAAACUAUAGCUAUCCCCCGACCGGUGCAAAACUUAAUGGACGUAGAAGAGAAAACACAAAAUACAGUUAAUACAUCAAGUACAUUAGAUGCCGCAACUCAGGAUAAACCAAUUCCACCUAAUUCUUUACAAAUAAAGUCGUGUAUCGAUCACACAUCCGACUCGUCUACCAUUCCCGCUGAUAAGAAUCCAUCACUUCAAACUUCUACUUACGGUACGAUGUUAAUUGGUACUUCUCAGUCAGGCGAGCACUCUUCGUCGACGAAGGCGUCGAAAGAUAGCGAUCUUCAUCAGAAAAGAAAUAGCAUCGUUGAUACCACCGAAAAGGGAACCAGAGCGGUUAUCAGAUUAGCUAAACCAAACGAGAAGCUUUCGACGGUCGAUUCCGAAACAGUGCCCUUUGCUAAAGAUUACUUGCAGUCCAGAAGGACAUUAGUUAGUUCUCUGGGAAAGAAAAUAAAAAACAGUCGGAAAAAGAAACGGGGAGAGAGAAGACAAAAGUCGAAAUCGGAGAAUCGUGCCAGAAAAGCAUUGAGGACAAUCUCUUUUAUUUUGGGAGCAUUUGUAUUAUGUUGGACACCAUAUCACAUUCUAGCAUUGGUACAGGGAUUUUGUACAGAUCCAAAUGGAUGUGUAAACCAUCAUCUUUUCUAUUUCACUUACUUUUUAUGUUACGCCAAUAGUCCCAUAAAUCCAUUUUGUUACGCUAUGGCCAAUCAGCAAUUCAAAAAGACUUUCUACAGAAUUAUGAGGGGUGAUUUUCAUAAAACAUGAUUGAUGAUUAAAGUAAAUAUGCAUUUAUCUCCUAUAUAUUUAUUUUUAUUUCGUUU